GAUCUAGAACUUUCCAGGGCUAGUCAAGCCUGGGAUGGAUAUAUUAGCUUGGCUUAAACCUUAAUAAUUAUCGACCGAGCUACAGAAUUCAGAAUUCAGACUUCAGACUUCAGACUUCAGCCAUUUUGAAUCUUCAUCUACGAUUUUCAGUCUGCCCCUCAUCAACAACAACAAGAAUAUCACCACAGCUACAUAUCGAUCUAUCUGCGGGAAGCAUGGCACCGCCGAAUACCCAAAAACGCACAAAAGGCGUCUCAAUCUAUAGACCCUUUGUAUAUGGUACGACAUCUCACAAAUUCAGUCCGAAAUAUCCAAAACCAGAGGGGACACCAGAGGAACAUACGCAUCAAUGGACUGUAUUUGUAAAGGGAGUCGACGACGUGGAUAUUACAUAUUGGUGUCGAAAAGUGCAAUUCAAACUACACGAUACUUAUCCGCAGCACUUGAGAUCGGUCGAAAAUGUCAAACCAGGCGAUCCAUUCCAAGUCACCGAGACCGGUUGGGGUGGUUUUGAUAUCCAAAUAAAAAUCUACUACGAUCCAAUCGCCAACGAAAAAGCCCAAAGUUUCUGGCAUCGACUCGUCCUCGAACCUUAUGGCGAUGACCAACUACAAUUUACCCAAAAUCGAGAUAAUGAGGUUCGGUCUUGGGUAUAUGACGAGAUGGUUUUUAAUGAACCUUAUGAACAAUUCUAUGAGGUUCUAACAAAUCCCGUGCCGAGAGAGAAAAACAAUGGGGGGAAGGGGAAAGCGACGAGGACGAUGAGGGGAGGGAUGGUGGGAAGCGUGGGGGAGAGAACGGUUUUUAUACCGAUGACGCAGAGACCGGGACAGCCAUUUAGUAAGGACGGGGAGAGGGCGGAGGUUAAGAAGCUGGCCGAGGGGAAGAAAACGGUGGAUAGGCAGAAUGAGGAGUUGAGGAAUGAAUUAAGGGAGAAGGAGGAAGAAGUGAAAAGAUUAAAGGCAGAGUUGGAAACGUUGUGAAGGGGUAUAUUCUUGAUUAUAGGAAUGGAGUGGAAUGGGGAUGGAAAUCACUAUUGUGUUUGGGCUCUACGAAUCAUCGAUUGGGUUUGGGGGACGUUUAAAUGAGUUCCCGAUUCUACAUGCGCGAGGGGUAAAGCAAUCUUGGGAGUCUAUCGGAAAUCCAUAUAAUUGGAGUAUUGGCGCACCACUGCAUAGGCUUAAAUUGCUAGAAGGCUCUCCCCACUAUUACGGACGGUGCACAGGUCCCAAGAAUAGUUUUCAAAACAGGGUAGGGUACCGGAGACUGGCAUUCGCCGAUAUUGAUACUAUAUUGCGAGGGAAGCGUUGGAUUAGGAAGAAUGGGUACACGGGUCAUUUUCAGAUGCUCGACCAAAAUUGAGUCAGCACGAUUUACAACAUAACAAUCGAUAUCUAAGGGUCUUACAAGGAUCAGAAAGGAGGUGAAAUGUUGUAAAAUAAAGGCUGAUGAUGAGAGGGGCAGUCAAGGUAGACAUCAGAGUAGCAUCUCGAUGUUUGUCAGUUUGUAGGAGUACAGGAAAGUAAUUAGAAGUAGAUAGAUACUUGGGACUCAUACAAACACAUUGAAUUCUGUGAAGGAAAAGAAAAAGAAACUCGUCUAUUUUUUGUAUGUAUCUUGUCUCGUACAUCAUCUAUCAUGGAAAUUCUACAUUGCAUUUCAUUUAUACCUCUACUUCUACUGCUACUACUACUCUAAUUUAUUGAGUACCUAGUAUCUAUCUAUCUAUCA